CCUUUACGUCAUUUCCUGAUUUGUCCCCUUUCUUCCUUUUCCGGCAGCCGUUCGUGCUUUGCGGUGUAGAAAGCCCUCACAGCCAUUAAAACUCGACACCAUGCAAAACGACGCAGGAGAAUUCGUGGACCUUUACGUGCCUCGUAAAUGCUCUGCAAGUAACAGAAUUAUUGGUGCAAAGGACCAUGCUUCCAUCCAGAUCAACAUUGCUGAGGUUGACAAGGUCACAGGCAGGUUCAAUGGCCAGUUCAAGACUUACGCCAUCUGUGGUGCUAUUCGGAGAAUGGGCGAAGCCGAUUACUCUCUCCUGAGGCUGGCAAAGAACGACACUAUUGUGUCAAAGAACAUACAAGUUUAAGAAAGGACACCUGUUUCUUUGUAAAAUAAAAUGGAGAAGAAAACAA